AUGUCGAUAGCCCUCAUCCUCUUGCUCGUCACGCUUGGUGUCGAUGGCGUCUCUAGUCUCUCGCCCGCUGUGCGCACGGACGACAUAGAGAUGGCGGCCAUGCAAGCGAUCGCCAAGUCUACCGGCGCCGACAGGUCGCUUGGCUGGGGCGUCAAAUCGGCAGAUCCAUGCGACGGCACCUGGCCAGGCGUCCGCUGCGACAAAGAUUCGCAUGUCGUCGCCAUCAACGCCAGCCGCGCCGGCCUCUCCGGCACUCUCUCGGGCACCGACCUCGUCGACCUCGGAUACCUCACGGAGCUCGUUCUCAGCUUCAACCGCCUCGGUGACGACAUGCCGAUCCUCCCAAGGCCUCUCACCUACCUGACGACACUCAACCUACAGUCCAAUUCCUUCAUGGACAUGCCACAGACCUUCUUCCGCUCCUUCCCCGCGCUCGAGACCGUGGUCCUCGACGACAACUGGGUUAUAAUGGGGGACAUCACGGACGUGCCCCCCUGCCCCGGCCUCAGGAGCUUCUCGGCCAACAACGUCACCAUCUAUGGCCGCUUCCCGGCCUACUUCGGCAACACCACCCUUUUCCCUGCCCUCGAGAGCCUCUCUUUAGCGAGGAAUGAUCUCAAGAGUGGACUGCCCUCCUCCUUCGCCAAGAAUAGCAAGAUCAAGUUCCUCGACAUUAGCAGGCAGCAGGAUUCUAUCGGCCUCGGCAUGUACAAUGGGUUUCUAGAUUUCGUCGCCGGCAUGACUAGCCUCGUCGAGAUCCACGUGGCUGGCGAUCAAUUCCGCGGCCCUCUGCCGGACGUCUCCGCGCUGGUCAAUCUCAAGGUGUUUGAUGCCGCCGACAACAACUUGUGCGGUCCGCUCAAGUUUCCUCAUGGCGUUGCCGUGAACGUCACCGGAAACCCCCAAAUCGGCAAGGACUGCCCCUAG